AUGUCUACAUCAAAGCCGGUCAUUGUUCUCAUCCCUGGGGCCUUUCAUCGGCCUUCCGUCUGGAACGGAGUCGUUGAGCGUCUUCGUAGUCAAGGCUUCACCGCGCUGACACCGCCCCUAGCCGUUUGUGGUGAUCUCACCGCGUCCUCUGCGGGUGCGAAAGAGUGGAAGGACCUGGCUGACAAGGGACCUGUUGAUGACGCUAAGCUCAUACACGACCAACUACUGCCUCUCCUAGACGAGGGCAAAGAGGCAAUCGUUGUGUCGCACAGCUAUGGCAGUGUGCCUGCCUGCGUCGCGAUUGAGGGACAAACCACUCUGGACCGUGCCGCAAAAGGUCUGAAGGGCGGGAUCCGGGCUGUUAUCAACAUAGCUGGCUUUGCAUCACCCGUUCGUGGCAAGAGCCUGAUGGGAACAGACGAUGAACCUCCCCUAAUGCCAUACCACGUCUUAGAGGAAGGCGUUCUUCACUUGCAAGACGACGCCAAACCUCUUUGGUAUAGCGACCUAAGCCCGGAAGCUCGAGAUGCUGCGUGGAAUGAUCUACAUAUGACCCAAAGCCGUAAGGCUUUCCUGCUGUUCCCUCAGUUCAUUGAAUCCGAUAUCAAGGUGCCAAAAACUUACGUUUUCACUGAAAAUGACGAGGCUGUAAGCCCGGCAUAUCAAGAGAUGUUUAUAACAACCGGAGCGUAUGAUAAUGUGGUUAGAGUUCCAAGUGGUCAUACGCCGGCGUUAAGUAUGCCGGACAAGGUUGUGGAGAUCAUCGUUAAUGCUGCCCAAACUUGA